CGCGGGCGGCGGCGAGGACGGAGCGCGGCGGCGGAAGUGACCUCACAGGCGACCGGAAGUGACCCCGCAGGGACCGGAAACGAGCUCUCGGGACAGGAAGCGACCUCAUGUGACGUCAGGCGACGCCCUCCGCGACCGGAAGCGACCCCACCCGCGGGCGCGGCGGCCAUGUCGGCGGCGGCCACCAUCGUGCACGACGCGUCGGAGGCGGUGGCGCUGUGCCCGGCGCGGGGCCUGUACCUGAAGCCGAUCGCCAAGCUGGCGGUGGCGGUGCAGCUGCCGGGGCGGCGGCCGCCGGGGCGCGCGGUGUCGAACUGGGAGGUGAUGGAGCGGCUGAAGGCGCUGGCGGGCGCGGGCGCCGCCCCCUUCUCCGCCCUGCGCAUCGCGCGCAGCGGCCUGGACUUCGUGCGCUUCGAGGGCGAGGUCGAGAACCGGGGCCUGGCGCGCGCCGCCCUCGCCGCCCUGGACGGCCGCGCCCUCCGCCUGCCCGGCUUCCCCGACGCCCUGCGCGUCCGCGCCGCCGAGCUCCGCCCCGACGCCCCCUCCCGCCGCGACUGGGACGCCUUCUUCCGCGACGCCCCCGACAUGGACGAGGCCACGCCCGGCGAGCGCCCCGACACCCUGCACCUCCGCGGCCUGCCCUGCCGCUGGUUCGCCGAGCGCGACCCCGCCCCGGCCGCGCCCGCGUCCGCUUCCGGUUCCACUUCCGGGUCCUGUGACGCCGCCGGGUCCGGUUCCGGGUCUGCUUCCGGUUCUACUUCCGGGUCCGGGUCCACUUCCGGUUCCACGGCCACUCCCGGGUCCGACCCCGGCGCCGCCAAGGACGCUUCCGGCUCCACUUCCGGCCCCACUUCCGGCCCCGCCCCCGGCCCCGCCCCCGGGUCCGAGCGCCCGUCGGAGGCGGUGCUGCGCGAGGUGUUCGGCGCGUUCGGCGAGAUCCGCCACGUGGACAUCCCCAUGCUGGACCCGUACCGCGGGGAGGCGGCGGGGCGGGGCUUCCACACCUUCGGCCUGGGCGGCCACCUCCACUUCGAGGCCUACGUGCAGUACCGCGAGUACGCGGGCUUCGCGCGCGCCAUGGCCGCCCUGCGCGGGACCAAACUCAUGCUUCGCGGCGAGGACGGCAAGGCCGUGGCCUGCGGCUUCAAGGUCACCUUCGACGUCACCAAGCACCUGAGCGAGGCCUCGAUCCGGCGCCGGGCGCAGGAGCGGCAGAAGCUGCGGGAGCUCGAGCUGCAGCGCGAGGAGCAGAAGCGCAGGGAGCGCGAGGCCGAGGAGCGGCGCCGGGCGGAGGAGCGGCAGCAGCGCGAGGCCGAGGCGCAGGAGCGGGCGCGGCGGCGCGAGGAGAAGCGGCGGCGUCGGGAGCAGCGGGCCCGGGCGCGGGAGCAGAGGCGGAGCUGGCGCCGCGUGGAGAAGCUGCGGGCGGAGGAGCGGCGGCGGAGGCGGGGCCGGGCCCGGGCCGAGGAGCGGCGUCUCCUGCUCGCCCUGCGCCGGCGGCAGUCGCUGCGCCUGGUGGCCGAGCUGCUGGGCCGCGCCGAGGCCGCCCGACUCCGCGAGGCCGCCCGGGCCGAGGAGCGACGACGUCAGCAGGAGGCGGAGCUGCGCCGCGUGGAGGAGGAGAAGCGGCGGGCGCUGGGGCUGCAGCGCCGAGAACGCGAGCUGCGCCGCCGCCUCGUGGCCCUGCUGCUCGCCCGCCGCCCCGGGGACCCCGCCCCCGGCCCCGCCCCCGGCCCCGGCCACGCCCCCGGCCCCGCCCCCGACGCCCGCGCCGACGCCCUGCUCCGCCCCGUGCUCGACGCGCUCAGGGGCGUGGCCCGAGGACGGCUGGGGGCGGCCGGGGCGGGGCGGGGCCUCCCGGGCGACGGGGGCGGGGCCGGGGGCGACGUCGCGGCGGCGACCGGAAGUGACCCGGGAGCGGCGGGAAGCGACGUCGCCCGGGCAGGGUGUGGCGCCCCGGAGACAGGAAGUGACGUCACGGCGGCCGGAGUCGACGCGGGGACGACAGGAAGUGACGCCGCGGGAACCGGAAGUGGCGCCGCAGAGGAAGUGGGCGGGGUCGGAGCAGCAGGAAAGGGGCGCGGCUCGGACCCCGCCCCGCCCCAGGCCCCGCCCCCAGCCGCCUGUGAUGUCGGCGGGAAGGAGCCCCGCCCACCCCUGCCCCGCGGCGCCCGCGAGGACCGGGAGCACGGGGGGCGGGACCGGAAGCGGGGGCGGCGCCACCGUGAGGAGCGGGAACGCUCGCGCUCGCCCCGGCCCCGCCCCGCCUGGAGCCGCUGA